GCAAAUCUGUUCAUUUAAAGGAUUUUGUUUAUGCAACUCUGACCCUAAAACUCCACUUCUGCUCGGGCUUGCCUUGCUAGAUGGACAUAGACCUAUAAACACGUUCAAUAAUUUAACAAUGUCUCGGAAACCCCAUUCCUGGGGGUAAUUAGGCCAAUUAGUGUGUUAAUGACUGUUGUUGACGGGACUAAUUAGAGCGUGAUGUAUGCACACAGAGGUGUGACGAUGCUAAGAAACAAUUUUCCUGUGUCCAGUGGUCAGCUUGAUGUGUACAACAACCUACACACCCGCUCGUACCCCGCACACACCGCUGACGUCACGUACAGACCACGUGACAACCACUCAUCUGGCCGCCAUUACAGCGCCCUCCCCACACGGUCAAGGACAAACGAGGGAGACUACCGUCACGGGCAGCUAGAAGAGUUGUCGUUCCCUGCCUCACGGGCCUACACCAACGGCCUCGGUAAACCCCGGGCUGGAACCUCGGACUUCUCGCUUGACCAGUUCUCCCCGCACGACGUGGGUCAUCUUGACCAGAACCAGAAUCCCCCCGCCUGGUACCAGAGGGCCACAAACCCCCACCCCCACCACCCCAGCGGCCGGCCCGUCGAGGUUUUAUCCAGUCGGCCCGGCUACCACAGACACGACCAACGCAAACACAGCUCAUCGCCAGAGGAGGAUCGCUACUACAACAACAACCACAACAACAACAACAACCACCACAACCUUUCGCUGAGAAACCACGAGCCCACCCCCGGGCAUGGCCACUUUGACCAGCAGACUUCACCCCUAGGGUCGAGGUUCUAUUCCCCACACAAACACACAUUUUCAGACAGCUAUCAUUCGUCAUUUAGUCCAGAGGCCAAUUACAUGACCACACACCGUGACGUCAGGGAUGACGUAGAACCUCGUGACGUAAACCACAGAUCACGUGAUAGCCGUGAGACCAGUCUGGAGGCCAGAGACAGCACCAGCACUGCCAACUCGAUAGACAGCUCGUGCUACAAAGAUGACGUCAAACAAGAGGAAAAUGACGUCAAACAGGAGGAUUAUGACGUCAAGUACGAGGACACAGAUUACAGCGACUGUAGCGACGACCAGACCAUCAUCGCCCCCUCACCCCCGCGGGGCCCCCCCUCACCCUCGCGGGGCCCCCCACCCUCCACCCGCCGUCCCUCAUACCACGACAACAACGGUCAAAUCUACGAGCACUCCUCGUCCUCCUCAUCAACUUCCCCUCAGCUGUCAUCGCCCCCAGCCAACCUCGUCAAACCUGAGACCAAGAGCAGCCCAUCUAAGCACGAAUCUUCCAAGUCCAGUAACUCAGCGAAAACAAAAACCGGCAAACAAACUCGGGGCGCCCAGAACCUGCCCCCCUGCCGAGUAUGCGGGAACAAGGCGUCGGGCCUCCAUUUUGGUGUCAACACUUGCGAGGCAUGCAACGAAUUCUUCCGCCGGAGUCUGAAGCGCGGAGCGUCGUACUACUGCACGAAGAACAAGGAGUGCCAGGUGUACGGCAAGAAGAGGAACGCGUGCAGCUUCUGCCGGUACCGCAGGUGUGUGGAGAUGGGCAUGUCAAGGGACGCCAUCAAAACUGGCCGCUACUCCCACAAGACCAGGACGGAGUACGCCAUGGAGGUGGAGGAGUUCCGGCAGAGAGAAACUCAUCGCUUGGAGAAAGAGAAAUACGAGGUCCUGCUCGCUGACCUGGUCAAGUGCCACGAUAAGUACGUCAAGAACUCCACGCGGGUGCCGAUAGAAGAACUCUGGGAGCAGGAGAAGAUGUUCUUGAAGCUUCACAAGGAGAACCGUGGCCAGGAGUACAAGUACCCUCUAGACAGCCAUCUGAUGAGGGACCGUCAGAUCCUGGGGGAGAAGACAUACGAGAUGGAGGACGCCUCUCUGGUGAUGACGGACCUGGAGAUGACGGAGAAGUGGCUGAGGAACUACAUCAACUACGCCAAGAACGUACCGGGGUUUAAAGAACUCGCCCUCUCCGACCAGGCCUCGCUGGUCCGGGGCAGCUGGUUCGAGUUCUGGUACCUUGGAGCAUUCAGGGGCUACAACUCUGAUCUCCACGUCGUUUGUUACCCAAACGGCCGGAUCUUCCACGAGGAUGAGAUCCUGCAACUGUUCGGGAAGGAUUACACGGAGCUGUCCUUCAGCCUGUCUGACCGGAUGUCGACGCUUGAUGUGACGCCGGAAGAGAUGGUGCUGAUAAAGACUGUGUGCAUGACGUUCCCCGACCGUUCCACCCUACAGAACCGCGAGGCCGUGGAGAAGAUGCACUGGCUGCUGGUGUCGUGUCUGCUGCACACCCUGGAGACCAACAGGCCGGGGGACUCCACCAUCUUCCCCAUGAUCGUUGGCAAGCUCGUCGAGUUAAGGUCCCUGAACGAGGUGGCCAUGAAGGCCCACAAGAACGCCAUCUACCGGGACUACGACACCGACUGCCCCCUGCUCAGCGAAAUGGUUGACACCAAGACCAUCUACGUCAGCAGCAGCGCCACAGCCAAAGAUGACGUCAAGCCUACGUCACCAAGCCAGGGAGCCGCGACAACAGGCUCCACGUGACAGGGGCCACGCCCACCUCAUGUACACGGUUUUUGUCACGCCAUGUGAAUUCUGCACGUGCCAAACUCACGCGGUUAUCAGCGGAAAAUGCUCGUGCAUGCAUUCUUAACGUGUGAGCCUACAUUAAGCGUCUGGUUAAAGCGCGGGCGUCAGAUAUGUUGGAGCAGAAACCACCCCCCCCCAGCCCAAUCCUUCAACAACCUCGAUACGACUUCAAGGCUAGCAAUGUUGUGGGUCACCGUGACACGACGGGCAGACCUGUGGUAUCGUGUGAGCAGAAACUUCAUCAAAAUGGCGUGUUGGUUCAUUCAGGUCAUCACGCCAUGGUAAAGUGCGAACCUGUUUGCUAUAGGACCAUCGUGUCCUGCUAUAGGACCACCGUGUCCUGCUAUAGGACCAACAUGUCCUGCUACGUCCUACUGUAGGACCGUCACGCCCCACUGAACACGACACCUCAAAAAAAAAACUCACAAUCUGUCAACGUCGUCUACAUAUGACGUCACCUUUUUUACGUGAAGGGUCAAGUCUUCACAUGACAUCAGAUGACAUCACGUGACACAUGUCGACGUGUCUCCACACAGGAAUGUUGCCUACUUUAGCCCGGGUUAAAUUAUUCUCCAGGAUUUUUGUCUGGCUAGAAAUAGCAUUCCAACGCCUGUGACCUUGAACUCUGUGAAGCCUGCACGUGUUUUUAAAGUGGCUUUAACGGAUGCCUGUUUGUUUACUGCUAGCAACUGCUGUCUACUU